UUCCUAAAUACAAAGUUAUAGUGCUUAUAUUUAUUCUGCAAUGUGCAAUUUGAUGCUGUAUAGUUUCAUUCUGUCAAUUGUAUCAACUAAACUUGGAGCAAUGAAUCCUGUUAUAGUAUUUUGUCUGCUUUUUUUGAGCACUCGAAUUUCAAUCACAAAGUCGGACACAAAUAGUAAUGAUGUUACUGCUAUAAUGUCUUUGAAGGCACUCUGGCAAAAUGUGCCACCAUCUUGGAGUGGUUUUCCUGACCCAUGUGGCCGUCGCUGGCAAGGAAUUAUAUGCAAUGGCUCCCGAGUUAUUGCUAUAACAUUAGCAAGCAUGAAGCUGGAAGGCAGACUUUCAGGUGAUAUCCAGGAAUUAACCGAACUACAAAUACUUGAUUUGUCCUAUAAUAAAGGAUUGUCAGGACCUCUCCCUUCAGCAAUUGGGAAAUUAACAAAGCUCACAAACCUGAUCUUGGUUGGCUGCAAUUUCAAUGGACAACUUCCAGAUACUAUAGGCUCUCUGUCACAGCUGAGAUUCUUAUAUAUGAAUUCUAAUAGCUUCAGUGGGAGAAUACCAAAUUCAAUCGGCAAUCUUUCUAAACUCUAUUGGCUGGAUUUAGGUGAAAACAAGCUUACUGGAACUUUACCCGUUUCCAAUGGGACUACACCUGGUUUGGACAUGCUGGUCAAUACUAAACAUUUCCACUUUGGAAGAAACCAACUCUCAGGUUCCAUUCCACCUCAAUUGCUUCACGAAAAUAUGACUAUCCUUCAUUUACUUUUGGAUAACAAUCAGCUUACUGGCAACAUACCGUCAACACUAGGUCUAGUUAAAACAUUGGAGGUGGUACGGCUUGAUUGGAAUUCUAUCAGUGGGUCUGUCCCUUCAAACAUUAGCAAUCUUACUAGUGUUACUGAUUUGCUAUUUUCUAACAACCAGUUGACAGGCCUUAUGCCAAACCUUACUGGCAUGAGCUCUCUGAAUUACUUGGAUAUAAGCAAUAAUAGUUUUGAAGCCUCGGACUUCCCUUCAUGGAUCACUGCGUUGUCUUCGUUAACAGAUUUAAUAAUGGAAGGAACUCAAAUUCAAGGCAUGGUUCUUGAUACUUUAUUCAGCCUUCCUCACUUGCAACAAGUCUUUUUGAAAAAGAACGGCCUAGAUGGCAGGUUGGACAUUGGUGAAGCUCACAGCACAGAACUUCGGAUCAUUGACAUGCAAAACAACAACAUUUCUGCUUACACUCAUAGACCUGGAGAUAAUAGUUUCCAACUAAUUCUUAUUGAAAACCCAGUUUGUGAUGAAACUACUGACCUGCAGAGUUACUGUGGAAUCACUCAGGAGUCGAAACCCUCGUAUACUACACCUCAGAACUGUGCCCGUGUUGCUUGUAAUGCAAACGAAUUUUCCAGCCCUAACUGUAAAUGUGCUAAUCCAUACACAGGAAAUUUUGUAUUCAGAGCCCCACACUUUUCAAACUUGCAAAACUUCAGUUACUAUACAGCUUUGGAGCAAAAACUAAUGGAUACUUUUAACUCUUAUAAACUUCCUGUUGAUUCAGUUUCCCUCAGUAAUUUAAGUAGAGAUACAUCAAAUUACCUUGGUAUCACAUUGCAAAUAUUUCCCCUAGAUCAAGGCCGGUUUAAUAGGACAGCCAUUUCCAUUUUAGGCUUUUUGCUUAGCAACCAGACAUUCAAGCCACCUCCAAUUUAUGGAACAUGCUAUUUUACAGCUAAUGAGUAUACAAUCUUUGCAGAUGAACCUGCAUCCAAACAAAAGAAGGCGCUCAGUAUGGCUGCUAUCAUUGGAAUUGCUGCUGUAGGAUCCUCUAGUCUGCUAAUAUUACUGUGUGCUGGAAUUACCAUUUGUUACUGUCGGAAGAGACCUGCAAAAUCUGAGGAGCCAACUUAUCCCUUAGGUAUUACACCAGUCUCACCUUGGACAUCACCUGGAAUCAACACUAGCCCAUUACAACUGUCAGGAUCGAGGUUGUUUACACUGGAUGAGGUAAAAAAGAUCACUGAUAAUUUUGCAGCAGCAAAUGACAUUGGGUCAGGAGCCUUUGGGAAGGUAUAUAGAGGGAUGCUUGUAGAUGGACAGCUAGUUGCAGUAAAAAGAGCAAAUCAUGAAUCAAGGCAUGGUGGUAAUCAAUUCAGAGCUGAAAUAGAGCUUCUGACGCGAGUUCAUCAUACAAACCUUGUCAGGCUGUUGGGUUUCUGUAUAGAAAAAGGAGAGCUAAUACUAGUCUAUGAGUAUGUUCCAAAUGGCAACUUGAAAGAGAGUUUAUCAGGAAAGUCGGGAGUACGACUAGACUGGAAGAGGAGAAUCAAGGUAGCUCUUGGUACAGCAAGGGGUUUAUCUUACUUGCAUCAACUAGCCAACCCGCCAAUUGUACACAGAGACAUCAAGUCAAACAACAUCCUUCUUGAUGAAAACUUGAAUGCAAAAGUUUCUGAUUUUGGUCUGUCAAAACCUCUGAUUGAUGUUGGAAAGAGUCACAUCACCACUGAAGUGAAAGGGACAAUGGGAUACUUGGAUCCUGAAUAUUACUAUACCCAAAAGCUGAACGAGAAGAGUGAUGUAUACAGUUUUGGAGUACUAAUGCUCGAGGUGAUAACAGGAAAAUCACCACUAGUUAGAGGAAAAUACGUAGUAAGUGAAGUAAAGAAUGUCAUUGACAGAACACAGGAUCUAUACGGUCUUCAUGAAGUUCUCGACUCAGGUAUUAUAUUCAGCACUUCACUGAAAGGCAUUGAAAAGUACGUCGAUUUGGCACUGAGGUGUGUGGAAGAAUCGGGUACUAAUCGCCCUGACAUGGGAGAGGUGGUGAAACAGCUUGAGGACAUAUUAGAGAUGGCUGGUUUGAAUCCUUACAUUGAUUCAGGAGGAAGUUCAGGGACAUUUGAUCAGCGGAAUGUUCGACAUUUUUAUAGGGAUGAAUCCUUGUACAGUCAUAAUGGAGCACUCCCACGUUGAGUUGAAGUUCUCUGUAUUGGGAGCUUUUCAUUAGAGUUUAUAUUGUUGUUUGUGUUAAGAUAAUAUGUUUAAAACAGUAAUAUUUAAUUAUUUGUUAAUAAUCAUUGAACAUCAUAUUGUAAUAAAUCAAAAUAUAAUAGACACUACAAUACAUUGGAUAUUACUAGAACUAGGGGUGUCAAUUCGGAUGUCUCGAUUGAGUUUGGUGAGGCUGGGUCAAUUUUUAAGAUAGAGUUAUGCUAAAUUAUUUUUAUGUCCAUGUGAGUCGAAAUCUGAAUCAAAUAUUUUUCGAGUCGGUUUUGAAUUGGGUCGGGUUGGGUGUGGCUUUGACACCUCUAACUAGAACUAGGAAGUUGAUAGCUUGGCAUAUUGUAAUCACACCAUAACCAAACCGGAACGGAUACUGAAAUCAAAGAUUUUUGUGGAUUUCCCUAAAAGGCUGGAAAUACGAUUUAAUUUAGUCAUCUGCGAGUAGUUUGUUGGACAAUUUUAGAUUAUUUGGGCUAACUGUUGCUUGAAAUUUCUUACUCCGUUCUUUUUAAUUGCACAUGUUUUACUCUUGUCAAUAAAGUUGCCAAUGC